GACAGAUCUCACACAAUCUCUCUCUCUCUUAACAGAGCAGCUCAUUUGUGCCUGUGUGUGAUCAUCUGUUCAUCAUGAGGACUGAAUUCAUCUGCAUGCUGUUAUCAGGUUUGUGCAUCUCAUCUGUGAUCUCCAAACAGUUUGUCUUUGUUAAAGAGGCGAAAUCGUUCAGUGAUGCACAGAUGUACUGCAGAAGUGUUCACAGCGAUCUGGCGAGUGUUGAAGAUGAGGCGGACUUCAGCCGUCUGCAGGCUGUGCUGAGCGGGGUCUCGGAUCCGAGCGUGUGGAUCGGGCUGAAGAGAAGCAAGACAGACUGGUUCUGGUCUCUGUCCAACAGCACGUUCUACGGAGAAGGAGAAGCCGUGUUCAGACGCUGGGAGCCCGGACAGCUGGACAACGAAGGAGGAAUCGAAAACUGCUGCGUCAUCGGUUACACUGGGACGUUCUGGGAUGUUCCGUGUGGAAGUCUAUAUACGUUCAUUUGCUAUGAUGGACAGGACAAUGCCCUUCAGAAGUACGUGUUUGUGAAUCAACUCAAGAACUGGAGCGAAGCGCAGACGUUCUGCCGGCAGAAACACACGGAUCUGGUCAGCGUCAGGAACACGGAUGAGCAGCGGCUGGUCAAGGUGUUGGUGCCGCGGGGAACUCUGGUGUUCAUCGGCCUGUUUAAAGAUUCGUUCAGAUGGUCCGAUAACAGCAUGUCCUCAUUCAGACGCUGGUCUGUUGCUGAACCCAAUGUCUCUGGAGAUUGUGUUCUGCACCAACUGUCAGAUAUAAACGCAUGGGCCACUCAGAACUGCUCUGAAACAAGACCGUUCAUCUGCCAAGACGAAGUGAAGUUGCAGGUCCUGAAAGUGAAGCUGAAAUCAGGUCCCAAUGUGAAUGAUCCUGUGAUGAAGGUGUCCAUCAUGGAGGAGAUCCAGCAGAAACUCCUGAGUCUGGGGUUGCCUGAAGAUGCCAAACUACGGUGGAGAGCUCAGUCUGACGGAGAGAUCUUCCAGCCGCUGGAGAAGGACAAGAAUUCAUGCAAAUAACAUGCUGAAGACAGAUCAUUUUGUCCUUAGAUCUUAAGCCUUCAUAAAGAUGCAGAAUAUCACAUAAACCU